GAAUGACACAUGACCCACCAUAACUAGCAAGAGCCCCUAGUUGCCUCUCUCUAUAUAUAUAUAAGCUCAAGAACCAAAACCAAACCAUUCAUCAUUUGUAUCAACUCUCUGAAAAUCCUCUGCCAUCUAAAAAUAACCUUAAAGGAACCAAAAAAAAAAACCAAGAAACUGAACUAUGGCUUGUUGGUCUGCAGAAAAUGCCACGAAGGCCUAUCUUAGCACUUUGAAAAUGGGUCAAAAAGCCAAAGAACCAAAUGUAGCUGAAUUUAUAUCAGCCCUAGCUGCAGGAAACAAUGCACAAAUGAUGAUUGUUGCAUGUGCUAAUGUAGCAGAUUCUACCACACUAGCUUUAAUUGCUGCUGCCAAUCAAACUGGCGGACAAGUAAUUUGUAUUGUCCCUAACCAUAAAGAUCUAAUUGCAUCCAAACAUGUCUUAGGAAUUGCUUCACAUCAAGUCCAAUUCAUGGUUGGAAAAGCUCAAGAAGUACUUAUGUUAGACCAAUAUGAAGCAGCUGAUUUUUUGCUCAUUGAUUGUAACAUUAAGAAUCAUGAAGAGAUUCUCAAAACAAUUCAAGAGGGUAGAAAUGUAAAUGUUGUGGGGUACAAUGGAUUUAGUUGCAAAGGGUCUUGGUUAUCAUGUGGAUCAAAGACUCAACUUUUGCCAAUUGGAGAAGGGCUUUUGGUGACAAGAUUUGGAAUAAGUGAGAAUAAUAGUCCAAGAUAUGGAACAAGUAGAUCAAUGGGAAAGAUUAAAAGUCGUUGGGUUGUUAAGGUUGAUAAAUGCACUGGUGAGGAACAUGUGUUUAGGGUUAGAUUUCCUCACGGGAAAGUUAUUCAAGCUUAAUUAAUUUUGUGGUUCAUUUUGUACAAAUUAGUAAAACUAAGAUUAGAUUCAGGAUUUUAAAUAGUAGUCGCAACUGUAAUUUUAUCGCGAUCUUUGAUUUUUCGAAGAGUCAUAGAUUUCGAUAAGAUAAAAAAUUGUUAUAAUGCAGCUUAGAUCGCAGUUUCAGAUCUUUAAUUAAGACCCUGAUUAGAUUAUUAUCCGUUAGACUCUAUCUCCAUUUUAUUACUUGGCAAAAUGGGGUACUAAAUUUUGCUUUAAUUUAAAAUUACUUGGAGUGAGUCAUAUUUUAUCUUGUAAAUACCAAAUUAUUUUUCUCUGUCUUA